UUUUAUUUUCAGUCAGGAGGACGAGCAGGAUGGAUGUUCUGAGGCCCACCCUGGUGAGGAUUGGGGGACGAGUGUACCGGAAGAAUCUCAUCCAGGAGCAGCCCUUCCCGCAGGAGGAGGAGCAGGAUUUCUGUGCAGGCCCCGGUGACUGCGCGGACGACGAUCCCUGCGACGCCUUCGUGGUGGAGGAGACGGAGCGAGGCUUCCAGAGCCGGGUGGAGGUUCCCAGCCCCUUGUACAAGUAUAUCAUUGGGAAGAAAGGGGAAACCAAGAAGAGGCUGGAAACAGAGACUCGAACCUCCAUCAGCAUUCCCAAGCCUGGAGUGGAAGGAGAAAUUGUGAUCAUCGGGCAGCACCGGAGCGGUGUCGUCUCCGCCCGGACACGGAUCGAUGUGCUCCUGGACAGCUUCCGUAAGAAGCAGCCCUUCACACACUUCCUGUCCUUUGCUCUCAACCAGCCUGCCAUCCAGGAGAGGUUCCUGCAGUUCAAGGAGGAGGUGUUGGAGAAAUGCUCACAGGAUCACGGGGUCAGCAGCAGCCUGUUCCAGAACCCUGCAAAGCUUCACCUGACUCUGGGGACGCUGGUGCUCCUGAACGAACAAGAGAUCCGGAAAGCGUGUGACCUCCUACAGCAAUGCAAAGAGGACUUUGUGGACCAAAUCACUGGAGGCAAGCCCCUGACCGUGGAGGUGGCGGGAGUGGAGUACAUGAACGACGACCCUGCGAUGACCGACGUCCUUUACGCCAAAGUCCACAUGAAGGACGGCUCAGACAGAUUGCAGGUGAUCGCUGAUCGGCUGGUGGAGCGGUUUGUGGCCUCUGGCCUGAUGCUCAAAGAAUGGGACAGGGUGAAGCUGCAUGCUACAGUCAUGAACACUCUCUUCAGGAAAGAUCCAACUGAAGAGCGAAACAACACAAUGACUGGUAAAUCAUCUUUCAAGGAGCGGGAGUCAUUUAAUGGCCGAAAUAUCCUCAAGCUUAUCACUUUAUGAUUCCUACGUGGAAUGCAUGCAGAACACCCAGGGAUGGCAUCUGUGAACAUACCAAGAGCUUCUUGGCAUUUACAUGGCAUUUACUUUGGCUCAGGAAAAUAAAAAUAUGAAAAAGAAGCCUCCCAUCACACGCCUUGGAUCUUUCUUCCUGAACUCCGUGCGUGCUGCAUCUUCUUACGGUGGUGGUACUUUUCCAGAGAGAGAUGGUUAUAUUGUUAUUGCUUCCCAAGGGAUUUUCCAGUGUCAUAGGGGAGAUACUCCUGACUUGGGAGAUGGGACUUUCAUGGCCAAGAUUUUGUCGCUCCUGAAGUCUGCACGCUUUAUUCUUCCCCGAGGAGACGAGGUGAAAGGGCCUCUGCUGCCGCCUUUUAAACCUGCCAGAGGCCGAAAGAAAAGGAGAAGGGAGGGGCUGUUCCUCGCAUUAUCCGUGUGGAAGGACUGGAUGCUAUACUGGGGAUGGAGAGACACUCCAGAGCCAGCUGCACACUUGCAGAACAGAACAAUCUGCAUCUCUGUGGCUGGUGCUCCUGGAGAUGGCCCCGGUGACAGCCGGCCUUCCCCGUCCUUCCUCACCCUCCCUUCCCUCCCUGGGACUCCGCACGACGUCUUCAGCCUGUGACACCUGAGCAGGACUGGAAAAUGUUGGGUGCCCAGCCAGCGGUCCUUGAAAAAAAGCCAUGGAAAGGAAGCAGUUGCUAAUUUGGAGAGCAGGUUGGGAAUGCCGGGAAGAGCCGCCUCGCUGGAUGAGCACCUGCCUACCUGCUUUUCCUACGCUCCUUUUGCAUUGUUCCUGGGGAGCUUCCAAGCACAAUUAAACCUCUGGCAGAUAAUCAUUGGCGGAGUGGCGUCCAGGGUGAAUAAUACAGGAAUCGGGUAUUUCUUUUUUUGGCACCAAAUUUCAGAAAACACGUUUUGAAAGUCAAAAAUAGAAGGAAAAAGAAUGUUCAUUGAACAAACUCCCCAGAUCCUGACACAGUGCCUGGUUGUUUCUCAUCUUCUGGGGGCCACCAGGGGCUUUAGUUUGGGGUUUGUCUGUCGUAGUUUUGGGGGAGUUUAGGUCAGAAAUGGAAAAGGGUUUGAUGCAUUCUUUGGAAUGAGGAGGAAGGAGCUGUGCCAGCACGUGCUGCAGCCUGGGAACUGAGGCAGCUGUGGAGGGAACAGCCUUCUGUGGAAGCCCUGGCAGGUCUGUGGGAGAGUGAGGCACUUGAAACAGGUGGAUGGGAUCCCAAAAGCAGAGGACUGGAGGCUGUGGUUUGUGCAGCAAAGGAGGUUGAUCAGAUGAGCUCCAAUGGAUACGAUUUGCUGGUGUUCAGUGCACUCUCUUUGAGUCCAUCGGUGUUUCUGAGCAUUACUUGCACAUUUCAAGAUUUUUUUUUUUGGAUUUUCAAUCCAUCCCUGGUUUUUGCCAUUUCCUCUAUCAGUCCCUUUUGCCUGGUGCUGGUAUCAGCUCUGUAACCCAGCAGUUUGCCAAGGAGUCAGCGCCUUCCUGCUGUAUCUGGCAUGGGAAACCGCAGUUGUGCUUCCGCCAGAUGAUUUGGAAGGGCGACUGUUCUCUGCUCUUCUCCAGUGUUUUCCAUCCCAAGCUGUGGACGUGUUACACAGGCAUUAAUUCAAAUGCAUCAUCCCGUAUGAGAUGGAAAAACAUCCAAGGGAGGGUGCAGAGAGUCUGCAAACAAACAGAAUUCGUUGCUCUGUGUUGAGGCACCUCUUCAGAAACGCCGCUUAAUUUUUCUCCGUGCUUGGCAGCGGAUGCCUGGGAUUUUGUCUGUCCCUUCCCCAAAGGGGAUAACACCUUAGCGUGUUGAUUUCCCACGGAAAGCAGCCACCCAUUCCCCCCCAGCUUCCCAAGCCGUUCCUUCAGGGAUGGGGACACGCCAGGGGAGCGGCUGCCGGCAGGUGAGCUGGGGGCUGUUGUCACUGCGUGCAGAGCAGAUGAAACUCUGAAGGCAGCGGCUGCUCCGAAGCUCCACUUUAAUCUCCUGGUUGGAGCUCUGUGUGUGCCGCCGGCAGCUGCUGGACCCCCGUUCCCAGCGCUGGGUUGGCUGUUGGAAGUGAUGUCCUGCACGUGUUCUCCCGAGGAGGCAGAGCCCGGUGGUGCCCGGUACACAUUCCUGUGCCUUCCUGAAUGGGAUCUUGGAGGGGAUAAACGCCUUCAACCCGGGCAAAGCAGAGGAGCAGGGAU